AUGCAUUUAUUUCUACAGGUCUACGUCACGGGGUUCAACUCUGGCCAGUGCGUCGGUGUGGGGUCUAACUUCAAUGACGAUGUUUCGAGCUUCGGCCCGGACCCGGGCCUUGUCUGUACUAUUUACAGCGACGCGGGAUGUGUUGGUCGCGCCACUGGCGGCAUCGUCUACCCUGGCAUCGACAAUCUGGCCGAUUACAAUAAUAACGACGCGAUGAGCUCCUUCAGCUGCACGUAA